GUGCAGAAGUUGGCAGGUUGACGCUUUUAAUAGGGCAAUGGAGCGUUUUGCUACUCUCCCUCUCCCACGUCGUCGCUCUCGCUCACCAAGUCACCACCACUCGCCUGUCCUUCUCCUCCUCCUCUCUUGGUGGCGCUCACUCACCGAGUCACGCAUCGAGUUAGUGCCAAGGGACGAAGGCAACGAGCAUCUCGUCGAUGGAUUUACCAUUUCCCGGGGGUUGUGAUCAGGCGCCGAAUGAAACACACAGUUGUUUUUCAGAGCCAGAUGAUCGUGACAGGCACGGUCGGAAUCCCCAGGUUCCUGCUGCUGCGGAGGAGAGGUCCUGGGAGAUUACCGGGGAAAACAGAGAGUUUGGUGGCCGAUCUGACUCUUGGCAGCAGCAACUGAACCAAUUUAAUAACUUGGAGCAACUCAACUCCCAGUUCGCCCUAGCACAGAUCUCUUCUAAUCAGGGGGAUCCAAUUCCUGCUCUUGUUAAGGCUGAAGUGCCUUGGUCAGCUAGAAGGGGUAAUCUGUCGGAAAAAGAUCGUGUGCUGAAGACUGUAACGGGGAUUCUGAACAAGCUGACUCCCAAGAAGUUUGAUGUGCUUGAGGGUCGGCUCAUUGGCUCUGGAAUAACCACAGCGGAUAUUUUGAAGGGAGUAGUACUGCUUAUUUACGAAAAAGCAGUGCAGGAGCCCACAUUCUGCCCUUUGUAUGCUCGUCUGUGCUCUGAUCUCCAGAUAAAGCUGCCCUCAUUUCCCUCUGAUGAGGCAGGCGGUAAGGAUAUCACCUUCAGGCGAGUGCUUCUAAACAAAUGCCAGGAGGAAUUUGAAGGUGCCGACAAUCUAAGGGAGGAGGUAAGACAGAUGACUGCCCCUGAGCUAGAGCUUGAGCGAAGAGAAAACAAGAUUAUGGUCAAACUUCGAUACGUGGGAAACAUCAGAUUCAUUGGGGAGCUUCUGAAGCACGGGAUGGUUGCCGAAAGCAUCUUUCACCACAUUGUUCAGGAGCUUCUAAGAACUGAUAAUAAGACGUGUCCUGCCGAGGAGAAUGUUGAGGCUAUUUGCCAGUUUUUCAAGACCAUUGGGAAGCAGCUUGAUGAGAGCCCAAAAGCGCGGCGUAUAAAUGAUCUAUAUUUUAAUCGGUUGAAAGAAUUGACAACCAACACUCAGCUGGCUCCAAGGUUGACGUUCAUGGUUAAAGAUGUUGUUGAUUUGCGAGUGAAUAACUGGAUUCCUAGGCAGGAAGAAGGUAGCAAAUACUAUUUGCUGAAAUCCAUUCGGAAGCCGGCAAAAACUGGGAAUGAUGGCGGGAGGUUUUCUGGUCCAGGAAGUUCUAUGGUCCCGUAAAUAUUUCUAAGGGACUGAUCCUGCAUCUGACUUGCACAGUCGGAUAAAAGGAGAAAAAGCGGCGUCGGCAUCGGUCGGACUAGUUUGCAAACAUGAAAUCGGUCAUCUAUAAAAUCGGUGUAGUAUAGUAACAUUACGUAUGGAUGUUAAAGCAAUGUAACCCACUAGGUGACCAAACUUACAUGUGAUUGAGGAAACUGCGACUUGAGUAUGGAAAACUACUGGUUCAUAGGUUGAACAGAUUUAUGGAUUCUGAAGGAUAUCAUUUUAGACUAUAUGAGUUACAGUGUUUUAUA